AAUUAAAUUUUCUAAAAACGUUGAUAAGAUCAUUGCUGUAGAUAAGAAUUUAGAAGGACAUUUAGAUUUAUCAGAAUAUCCUAAUUUAAUCUGUGUAGACAUUGGAAUCGACUCUCGAUUGACAAAUUUAAAACUUGCUCACACGACCGAAUUACUUGGAUGA